AAUGAAAAACGGUUGGAUGGGAAACAACUACAGAGCAGAGGUGGGCUUUGGAGAGUGCAUCAAUGGCGGGUUAUCUUCUUCCUUAUCACACCUCUCUCUUCCUUUCUUCUCAAAACUCACACAGAAUCACUGCAACGUCCUCUUUCCUUUUCAAGAUCGAUAGGCCAGGCUCUCUCGUUUGCUGCUCCGCCAAGAAGAAGGCUGGAUUUGUGGACCAAAUUCUUGAUUACAUUGAGGGGGGCCCCAAGUUAAGGAAAUGGUAUGGGGCACCUGACCUCCUCCCAAAAGAUGGUUCUUCUGUUGAAGAAGACGAUGAAUCUGCAGAAGUGGAAGAAGACAGAGAUGCUGUUUUGGUAACUGAUGGAGAUAGUGAGAUUGGUCAGAUGGUAAUACUGUCACUGAUUGUCAAAAGAAGUCGAAUUAAGGCACUGGUGAAGGAUAAGCGGGCUGCUAUGGAAGCUUUUGGAACCUAUGUUGAGUCAAUGGCAGGAGAUGCAAAUGAUAAAUCAUUCCAGAGGAAGGCUCUAAGAGGUGUUCGUACAAUCAUCUGCCCAAACGAAGGUUCCAUAUCUAACUUUGGGAGCUUGAUGGGUGUACAACAUAUAAUUCUCUUGUCUCAGUUGUCUGCUUAUAGAGGCACCGGUGGCAUACAAGCUCUCAUGCAAGGGAAUGCAAGAAAACUGGCUGAGAAAGAUGAGUCGAUUGUGACGGGUUCUGGGAUUCCUUACACCAUUAUCAGAGCUGGCUUGUUGCAGAACAGCCCUGGUGGGAAGGAAGGUUUCAGCUUUAAAGAGGGUGUUGCAGCAACUGGAAGACUCAGCAAGGAGGAUGCUGCCUUCAUUUGUGUGGAGGCAGUUGAUACAGUCCCAGAAACAGGACUGGUAUUCGAGGUGGCCAAUGGAGGUGAGAAGGUUUCAGAUUGGAAGGAGUGUUUCAAGGCGUUGGUGGAGAAACCAGAUAAGCAGCUUCAAUGACCAUGGCCAGUACCCAAACAAGGCAUGGGAACAAGCUUUAUUUUCUUCUUUCAUUAUAAUCUACUUUACAGACAUUGCAUAUCCGAUCAUGAAUAGCAAACCUCUGAUUAAAGUAUUCAUCAACCCAAAAAAAAAGGGUUGUUCAAUC